CUAAAGAAAUACAGAAAUGAAAUACAGAAAAGAAUAAGAAAAAGAAAAGCAGAGAUUAAAUUUAAAAAAAGAAUUUAAAUCAAAUUAAAUAGAAAUAGAAAUCGUAAUCGUAGGUAGAUUUAAUUGCAACCGUCAGCGUUGAAUCAUAAAUAAGAUAUAAAUAUUCUUCAUGUGAACAAAGAUAUGUAUUAAAUCUGCAAACGCCAUAGCAGGCGACGACUGCAAUAGAGAUGGAUUUUCACAACUCCAUUGAAAAUUUCGAUCCAAACGCAAAUUUCAUAUCACUUCAGUAGUCCUCUAGAGAUUAAUCACCAACACAACUACCACCAACACCAAAUCGUUGUGCAUGAAUAGGGGCACCCCCCACACAACGUAAGCCUAACCAAUAUAUGACUGAAAAUUCGUCUGUUGCAUACGACUGACGAAACAUGAAGUUUGCUUAUCUGUCCUGCCGCGUCAUUGUAAUAUUGGCAUUUGUGGUACAACAUGUCACCAGCAUAGAGAUUUAUAAUAUAAUAUCAUUAACAAGUUCAACAGUAGAAAAAUCUGAUUCUCAAGCUCAGUCCCCUGUAGUGCCACCCGCUUCGGUUGGGACGAGCAGUAGCGCAGACUUGUUCGCUAGUGCAGUUUUGAGUUCUGCAUAUAAAGGCUUUGAAUCGGCUGCACUUACAUAUGAAGAUCCAAACAAUACAUCGAGCCCCCCAUCGUUCAAUCAGUCAUUGCCGUUUAGCUUAGAAACUAAACCGAGUAGUAAUGGUGGUGACUCUUCCACCGGGCCAUCGUCCGCCGCUUCGUCGCCAGCAGCAGGAAGCAGUAAAAACAUGAGUAACUUUAUAACGAAGAAGGUCCAAUUUGACACACAACUGAAUCAUUUAGUUGUGGACACAGUUACAGGACGAGUUUACGUGGGCGGUGUAAACAACUUAUAUCAAUUAUCACCAGAUUUGGAUGUACAUGAAAGUGUAAAAACCGGCCCAAAAAAUGACUCGGUUGAAUGUUCAAUUUUGGAUUGCCCUGUACACGCCAUACGCAAGCCCACUGAUAAUUACAACAAGGUACUAUUAAUUGACCGUGCUACAUCGCGGCUUAUAGUAUGUGGCAGCCUUUUUCAAGGAAACUGCACGGUUCACAAUUUGCAAAAUGUUUCGAUAAUUGAACAAGAAGUUCCAGACGCUGUGGUGGCGAACGAUGCCAACUCUUCGACUGUAGCAUUUAUUGCCCCUGGACCGCCUCAACAUCCGUUAACAAAUGUUAUGUAUGUUGGCGUUACGUAUACCAACAAUUCACCAUAUCGCAGCGAAAUACCAGCGGUUGCGUCGCGGUCAUUAGAAAAAACAAAAAUGUUUCAAAUUGCGUCCUCUGCAGUUACAACUGGAACCCGAACGUUUAUAAAUUCGUAUGCUCGAGAAGGAUAUCUUGUGACGUAUGUUUAUGGUUUUAGCUCCGAGCGCUUUUCAUAUUUUCUCACCACACAACUAAAGCACAACCACCACUCAAAUCCUAAAGAAUAUAUUACAAAAUUGGUUCGAAUUUGCCAAGAGGAUUCGAAUUACUACUCGUACACUGAAAUUCCUGUAGAUUGUAUUAGUACAGACCAAGGUGGAACCAAAUAUAAUUUGGUGCAAGCUGCUUAUUUGGACAAGCCUAGUUCAGAUUUAGCUGAAAGUUUAUCAGUAACACCACAAGACGAUGUCCUUUUUGCAGUAUUUUCUGAAGGUCGUGGCAACCAAUCGACCGACAAUUCCGCCUUGUGUAUAUAUUCAUUGAAAGCCAUUCGUCGAAAAUUUAUGCAAAAUAUCAAAUCAUGUUUUAAUGGUGUCGGAUCCAGAGGUCUUGAUUUUAUUUCGCCUAACAUGCCGUGCGUUCCAACCAAGCUGCAAACAAUUGGUGAGGAUUUUUGUGGAUUGGAUGUUAAUUCUCCUCUUGGUGGAGAUCAACCCAUCACUGCCGUUCCCGUGGCCACAUUUAAGGAUAAUCUUACAUCGAUAGCAGCAACAAGUGCCAGUGGUUAUACUGUUGUGUUUAUUGGAACGGGCAACGGAUAUUUGAAAAAAAUCGUUGUCGAGUCAAGCACCAUAGCAAAUGAAUACGCUGAAAUUCCCAUAAACGUCAGAUCUCCCAUUCAACGAGAUAUGCACUUUGACAAUCAAAAUAUGCAUUUAUAUGUCAUGUCGAGGUCGCAGGUGGCCAAGGUUAAAGUUUAUGACUGCAGUGGAUAUAAGACAUGUGGGGAAUGUUUGGGAGCGCACGAUCCUUAUUGCGGCUGGUGUUCCUUAGAAAAUAAAUGUUCACCGCGAUCUACAUGUCAAGAUGAUGUCAAUGAUCCUCUUUAUUGGAUUAAUUACAAGACAGGCAAAUGUACAACUAUAACCAGUGUAAUGCCUCAUCAACUUCAACGAACUACUGCCCGAACUCUCGAAUUAAUAAUUGACCACUUGCCACAAUUAAAGGAGAAUUUGGUUUGCGCUUUCACCACCGAAGAAAAAGCACUAUUUACCAAUGCAACCAAAAAACGCAAUGGUGUUAACUGUACAACACCACGUACUGAUAUGCUACCCCAGAUUGGACAGGGAAAACAUCAUUUCACUGCCAAAUUAUCCGUUCGCACACGUAACGGACCUGAUCUAGUGUCGACAGAUUUUACAUUUUUCGAUUGCAGCACCCAUUCCUCUUGUACCCGAUGCGUUUCUUCGGAAUUUCCUUGCGAUUGGUGCGUGGAGGCACAUCGUUGUACGCACGACACAGCGGAAAAUUGUCGCAAUGAUAUAUUAGUGACGGGGGUUAGCCGAAUAGGUCCCAGCUACCGAUCUGGACCAGGGUUUUGUCCAACAAUUAAUGCCACAGGCGAUGGAAGCGAGAUUCUUGUAGCUGCAGGGACCAGUAAAUCGAUCAAAGUUAAAGUUCACAUUAUAGGCCAAUUUAUUGUCCAGACACGUUUUGUUUGCCAAUUCAAUAUCGAAGGACGCGUCACCAGUUUAAAUGCUCAAUUAUUAGGCGAUACAAUUUAUUGUGAUAGCAUGGAAUUUCAGUACACGUCGCGUUCACCAAAUCUUACUGCGACAUUUGCUGUAAUUUGGGGUGGUUCAAAACCUUUGGACAAUCCUCACGAUAUACAUGUCGUUAUAUAUCGUUGCCGCGAUAUGGCCGACAGUUGCGGCAUGUGUUUAGCCUUAGCGCAGAAAUACAAUUGUGGUUGGUGCUCAUCGACAAACACAUGUGAGGUUGAAGAGCAAUGCAACAAAAAUAACAACGAAGGAAAAACCGACUGGCUAAAUAGAAUGGAAACGUGUCCGAAUCCUGAAAUUCACUACUUUUCCCCUAAAACAGGGCCUUGGGAAGGAGGAACCAACAUAACUAUACGCGGUAUUAACCUAGGUAAGAAAUUUACAGAUAUUUAUUCCGGAGUACGAAUUGCCGGUAUAAACUGCUCGCCAUUUGAGGAAUAUUAUGUGGACACGAAAGAGAUUGUAUGUAUUGUCGAUAGUCCUGGAGAACAAAUGUACAGAAGUGGCCGAAUUGUGGUUCAAAUAGGAGACUAUCGUGGGGAAUCGAAAGAAGAUUAUGAAUUUGUUGACCCAAAAAUUACAACAUUUAGUCCUAGACACGGCCCAAUCUCAGGCGGGACACAGAUAAGGAUAAUUGGAAAAUAUUUGAACUCUGGUUCACGCAUUCAAGCAUUUAUCAAUGAUCGCCUACCAUGUGAAAUUCUAAGUGUUGAUGAAAAUCAGGCAAUUUGCAGCACAUCCUCUUCUCCAGGAGUUAUAGAGGGGCGCUUGAAAAUGGUUUUCGAUAAUGGUCCUCGGGAAUUCAACGAAUAUAAUUUUAAGUACGUACUCGAUCCCACUAUUAAAGAAGUGUAUUCCGGGCCAUCAGGUGGUCAAAUUAAAGUGCCAAAAGGCAUACCCGCCGGAGGCACCGAAAUAACUGUCUUAGGAGAAUAUUUUGAUAAUAUUCAAGCUCCAAGUAUGUACGUAAUAUACAACAACAAAACAUUUCUCAGCCAGUGCAAAGUAAAAUUACCAAAUAAAAUGAUCUGUGAUGCACCCACCGUGGAGACGAAUCCCGCCGAUAUGUUGGAAGCCGAAAAUCCACAAAAGUUGGAAUAUGGUUUCCUAAUGGAUCACGUGCUACACGUUCAAAAUCUGUCAGCUAAACUUAACAACUACUACGAAUUGUAUCCCAACCCAGUCUACUACAAUUUUGAAGAGCGUGUAAAAUACUACAAAAGCGAAUACUUAACCAUUAAUGGCCGGCACUUAGAUCGGGCUUGUAGUGAAAACGAUGUGAAAGUUUUUAUUGGAAAGAAGCUUUGUAAUAUAACGUCUUUAUCGCGACAACAGUUGACAUGCCGACCGCCUUCAGAACCGUUUAGUGGUGACAACUACGACUCAGACGACGAUAGUAUGGUGGAGGGUAAAGAUGGCUCAGGGCCAGAAGUUGUCGUGCGCAUCGGACGAUCACUGGAGUACCGUAUAGGCGUUUUAAGUUAUGCCUCCCCAAACAUUAUGGACGAUUUGGGGAAAAAUGCUUUUGUUGUUGUCGUAUCUGGCGUUAUAUUACUGCUAUUAAUUUUCGUCGCAUUAUUGAUAGCCUACAAGAAAAAGACAUCGGAAUCCAAUCGAGUCCUAAGAAACAUGCAAGAACAAAUGGAUAUACUGGAAUUAAGAGUAGCAGCAGAAUGCAAGGAAGCCUUUGCAGAACUUCAAACUGAAAUGACAGAUCUUACAGGAGAUUUAACAUCCGGUGGUAUACCCUUUCUCGAUUAUUGUACGUAUGCUAUGAAAAUUCUUUUUCCCAACCACGAAGAUCACAUUGUAUUGCAAUGGGAAAGACCUGAGUUGCUACGCAAAGAAAACGGUCUUCGGUUGUUCGGCAAGCUCAUUAUGAACAAGACUUUCCUUUUGCUUUUUAUACGAACACUCGAAUCGAAUAGAUACUUUUCCAUGAGGGAGCGGGUUAAUGUAGCUUCACUAAUUAUGGUUACGCUCCAAUCAAAACUUGAGUAUUGCACAGAUAUUUUGAAGACAUUACUUGGGGAUCUGAUCGAAAAGUGCAUAGAAGGAAAAUCUCAUCCUAAGCUUUUGUUAAGACGAACAGAGAGUGUCGCCGAAAAAAUGUUAAGCGCAUGGUUUACAUUCCUUUUGUAUAAAUUUCUAAAAGAAUGUGCCGGCGAGCCAUUGUACAUGCUCUUCCGUGCUGUCAAGGGACAAGUGGAUAAAGGUCCCGUCGACGCCUGCACUUACGAAGCACGCUAUUCGCUGAGCGAAGAGAAGCUCAUUCGUCAGCUGAUCGAUUUCAGGCCAAUGACAGUUUAUGCUAGCAUAAUACAGCAACAGAUCUUUUGUAACAAUGUUGAAAUGCUGCCAUCACAUACUGAGAAUGUUCCAGUCAAAGUGUUAGAUUGUGAUACCAUAGGGCAGGUAAAAGAGAAAUGUCUUGACACCAUAUAUCGCAACAUACCAGCUAGUCAAAAGCCUAGAAAGGAUGACUUGGAUCUUGAAUGGCGUACCGGAGCAACGGGACGUGUUAUCCUUUAUGACGAGGAUACUACAUCAAAGACUGAAAAUGAAUGGAAGAAGUUAAACACUUUACAGCAUUAUAACGUUCCAGAUGGAGCCGGUUUAAGUUUAGUUCCAAAGCAAAGCUCGAUAUACAACUUCUCAAUUUUAUCCGACAAAAAUGAAAAAUCUCAUAAAUAUGAAACGUUGAAUUUGUCUAAGUAUACUUCUUCGUCGCCUACGUUCAGCAGGGCAGGCAGUCCUCUAAACAACGAUAUUCACGAAAAUGGCGUCAAAUAUUGGCAUUUAGUAAAACAUCACGACAACGAUGUGCAAAAAGAAGGGGAACGCGUCAACAAACUUGUCUCCGAAAUCUACUUAACUCGACUUUUAGCUACGAAAGGCACAUUGCAGAAAUUUGUGGAUGAUCUCUUUGAGACGAUUUUCAGCACAGCUCAUCGAGGUUCUGCCUUGCCAUUGGCUAUCAAAUACAUGUUCGAUUUCCUUGAUGACCAAGCAUUAUUGCAUGGCAUCACAGACCCCGAGGUUGUGCACACAUGGAAAAGCAAUAGUUUGCCAUUAAGAUUUUGGGUAAACCUCAUAAAAAAUCCUAAUUUCGUUUUCGAUAUCCACAAAUCGAACAUAGUCGAUUCGUGUCUUUCGGUAGUCGCACAAACUUUCAUGGACUCGUGUUCCACAUCCGAUCACAGAUUGGGAAAAGAUUCGCCCAGCUCCAAAUUGCUCUAUGCUAAAGACAUACCAGAAUAUCGUAAAUGGGUAGAUCGCUAUUACCACGACAUACGAGAAAUGCCCCCAAUAUCUGAUCAAGAUAUGAACGCCAUGUUGGCCGAGGAGUCUAGGCUACACACAUCUGAAUUCAACACAAAUUGCGCUCUACACGAAUUAUAUACAUAUGUGGUCAAAUACAAUGAACAGUUGGCUGUCACAUUGGAGGAAGAUGAAUUUUCCCAGAAGCAGCGUCUUGCCUAUAAACUUGAGCAAGUUCACAACAUCAUGUCCGCCGAGUAAUUACUCACUCUACCCGGAGGCAAAGUGAAAACUACUAUAUUUUGUAAUAUGUAAUCAGUAACAAUUAAGCAAAGUAAAACAUAAAACUAAUUGGUGUUCAACAUUUUUUUUAAGAAGCAAACAAAAACAUAUUGAAGAGAUAAUGAGUAAAAAGUCAAUCUUAAGUAAACAAAUAAAAAUUGUAAUUCCCAAUUUGGGCUCAAUAAAGAUAAAAACAUAUUGAUAUUCAAAAACAUAUUUAAGUAAUAAUCGAUGUCAUGUUUUUUUAAUUUGUUAUAUUUUUUACACAAAACGCUAUUUAACAUCUCCCAUUAUAAAUCAUUUGAAAUGUAACACCCAUCGUCUGUUCAACAAGAAAAAACAUCAAAUCUCUUCAUAAGAAAAAUGUUUUAUCUUUUUGCCAUUUUAUAAAAUUGAACAAAUUGGACGCUUAAAGCGAAAGUGCGCCUUGUUUUCUUUCUAUUUCUCUAUAUCUUUGUCCUUCAUUCUUAUAUAUGUUAAUCGGAGCAUCAUGCUUGUUGCAUUUCCUUUUUUCUUCAUCAAACAUUCGAUAACAUAGCAUCUUGUUGAACAGACAACCAGAACAAAACAAAAGAUUGAA